AUGGCUGCUCUAGCUGAUGUAACUGCUUUAAAUACAGUAGCAGCAACACAUCCACGUAUUAUUAUUCAACCUGAUUGGUCAACGAAUCUUAAAUUAAAUACAUUACCUGUCGAUGCUUGGCUUGAAUUUAAAUCUGGCAGUGCUGCUUUAUCACGUAUAACACAAAAUAUUCAUGGUGUUUGUUCAAUAAAAGCUUUGUUAGAUCCAGAAGCUAAAGUUUACAAAACAUCAUCAAGUGAUAAUUUUCAAUCGAAUGAUAUUGAUAGAAAUCAACAACAAUUACGUAUUAAAAUUCGAGAUACUGAUUUUAGUCAUACAUUUCAAGGACCAAUAAAAUCAUUUAGUACAACUGGUAAGCAUGAAGAUGAUGAAAUUAAUGCUGAAUUAGAUCCAUUAAUUAAUGUACCAGAACUUCCUAAAAGUCGAAUGCAACAAACACAUUUAUCAGCCCAUCCUCAUUGGUUUGAUAUUAGUUCAGGUGGUGUUGGUUUAACAGCAUUCAAUAAUGGAAGAAUUACUAUUUGGGAUAUUGAAAAUGGUGAAGUACGACGUACACUAAAAGGCCAUGUUGAAGAUGUUUAUAUAAGUCGAUUUUUUCCGUCAGAUUUUGCUGUGGUCUCUGGUGGAGCUGAUAUGCGUGUUAAAGUUUGGUCACUUGAUAAUGACAAUAAUGAAAUACGUAAUAUAACAUUAAGUGGACAUCGUUCACGUAUUAAUGAUGUUCAAGCUCUUAAUCAACAAAAUGUAUUAAGUGCAUCGAAUGAUGGUUCUGUUAUAUUAUGGGAUAUUAAAAAAAAUGAACAAAUAAAUAAAAUUGUUGAAUUACAAGAUACUAGUGUUAAUUGUGUCAGUUUAAUUGAUUCAUUAUUAGCUUGUGCUUGUGAUGAUGGUUCAAUUCGUUUUUAUAAUUCAAAUGAAAAAAAUUCAAAAGAAACAAUGAAUACAAUUACAAUUGGUUCACCAGUUAGUACACUUUGUUAUUUGUCAGAAUCAAAUCAACUUAUUUAUGGUACUGAACAAUCAAUAAUUGGCAUUUAUGAUAUACGACAAUUAAAUGAUAUACCUAUUCAUACAUGGAAAGAACAACGAGGAAAAAUAACAAGUAUUACUCCUAGUCGUGAUCAUCAAGGUAUAUUAACAACAACAACUGAUGGUAGUUGUUUUGAAUAUAAUAAAGAAGAAUUACAAUCAAUGUCGGAUAUAUCACAAUUCCAUGUUCGAGAUUUUACAGGUGCAGAUGAUUCUAUACUUAAUGGAAAAGUAUUUAAUAAUAGAGUUUAUUCAAUUUGUCGUGAUGGUCUCGUACGUGUUUAUGAGAAUCUAGAAUAA